GAAAGGAGGGAGGGGCCAGCGGGUGAGUCACCCAGCCUUGGGCCACUCCAAGUGCCCCCUCUCCAGCGCUACUACUCCAGUCACCUCGCCCUCCCCUCCCCCCUUUCCUGUCUGCCUUCCUGUUUCCUGCAGUGUGUGUGUGAGUGUGCGUGAGUGUGUGUUGAGCAGUGCAGCUGUUCGGGUGAAUGGCACUUGAGGGCAGAUUAAGCCCAAGGCCCGUCUAUCUCUUCUCGAAUGCGAAUUGCAUUCUUCGUGGAGCGCAAGUCUGGGUGGCUCCAGGGGCACUGGAGAGCUCCUGGUGGCGUUCUUCUGUCCGGCGUCGAUCUGACAGCGCGCCGACCGCGGGCGGUUGGCUGCACUGAUUGUCACACUCAUUUUGAAACGGAGCCCAGCAAGGCAGCCGAUGUGUAGCAGCCGACCCUUAACUUUCUGCUUUGUUUUUGACCACGGAGAGUUGCUCUGAGCACAAUUAUGCAGCCGUUUUUCUAGCCGUUGGUGCAAAAAUAUUCCUCGUGAACGUGACGACAAGAAACAACCGCCAUGGUUUAUCAUUGGCAAUCACACAGCGUCAAGCUGUGUGGUGUUGAUGAUAUGGUACUCUUACCAAGGUUGACAGAAGAUGCCAUUGUGGACAAUUUGAAGAAAAGAUUUCUUGAUGACUACAUAUUUACUUCUAUUGGUCCUGUGCUUAUAUCUGUGAAUCCAUUCAAGCAAAUGAAAUAUUUUGGGGAUAAAGAAAUAGAACAAUAUCAAGGAGCUGCAUUGUAUGAAAACCCUCCUCAUGUUUUUGGUCUGAGUGAUCAAAUGUUUCGUAAUUUGUUGAUUGAUGCUGAAAGUCAAUGUGUUAUUAUUAGUGGAGAGUCAGGUGCUGGAAAGACAGUGGCAGCCCGCUACAUUAUGAGCUACAUUGCUCGUAUUUCUGGAGGCUCUGAUAAAGUACAACAUGUUAAGGAUAUUGUUUUAAAUUCUAAUCCUUUGUUAGAAGCAUUUGGAAAUGCCAAAACAAUACGUAACAAUAACUCUAGUCGAUUU